AUGUCCCUGUUACGAUUACGACAAGCUCCCCCACUCCAGUCGACACCGAAUGCUAGUACCAGUGCGGGAAUCACUGCGGGAGCGACAAUUGGAGGCGUGCUAUUCGUGGCUCUAGCAGUUGCGGGUGUGUUUGUGGUCCAAAGGCGAAGCGUGCGGAGGGAAAGGACGGCAAGAAGGGAGCCACGACGGAGCAACACAAUUAUGUCGUUCCAGACGGCGGGAGACGACAACGAAGCAUUACUGGCUGAAGAAAAGUGGGGCAAGACGCCCACACACAUUCAUAAUCAGUCGGAAGCCUCCAACAAUGACCACCAGCGGACAGAAUCGAGCUCGUCAACUGCCAGUGGUACACCGAUCCGCCCACGAAUCGAAAUUUCCCAUCUACCCCUCUCAACCGCGUUUGGCAAUCCCUCACAUAACAACGAAACCCUUUCAGCGCUAUCUUCCGCCUGCAUGAGUUCCGCUUCACCGAAUGGUCCAAAUCCCUCCCCACAUUCAGCAUUCGCGUUCUCUGCCUUUGCAGGUCCAUCCAAACCACCAUUACCCAUAAACACAGUUGAAGCGGCGCGUACUGUCCUUUCUGAGCGGGAUGGGAAAGCCCGAGACGUCCAAGAGCGAACGCCUGAUCACCACCAUUCACUUCACCCAGUCGCCGUUCAGCCCCUCCGCGGCGGUCCAUCUACUGCUGCCCUAAUGGAUCUCCCUUCCCCACUCUUCUUUGAUUCCUCCACCCCAAUCUCUCCGUCACCGAUUUCUGAGCUCGACGACACCAACACGGAACUCGGGACCACCACACUCGAUGCGUUACAGCUCUCGGAGGUAAUCGCUGCUGCUAACUGGGAGUGGCCGGAUGCGCCUGGUGCGAGAGCCACAAUUGCUGCGCUGGAAUCAUCGCAAGGCCUCAGGCCAGCGGGUCCUCGAAAGCCCAGCGGGAGGGUGUGA